CAAAUGCCCGCGGGCAUCGUGGGCGGCUACCAGAACCGCAUGUCGCCCAUGGGCUCAUACCCCAACACCUCCCAGCCUGGCACGCUCAAUCCUCAACAGUACCAGAUGCCGGGGGCGAUAGGGGGCGUGAGAGGGCCGUUCCCAGGGGGCCCUCGGGGGCCGUCGCCCAUCCCGCCGGGAUCGCAACCAGGGGGACCCUCGCCCAUGGCUGCAGGUGGACAGCUUGGAGGUCAGAUGGGCGCGGAGGGCAAGAUGAACAACGAAAUGUUCUACCAGAGCCAGAUGCCCGGCCAGUACGGGCAGCCGCCGCGCUACCCGACCCAGCAGCUGAUCGGGCCCGGGGGCAUGAUCCGCCACGUCAACCCUGCGGGCGGCCAGAUGAUGGGCCAGAUGUCCCGGCCGCCCCCGCCGGAGUACCGGCAGGUGGCGCUGAUGCCCCAGCAGUCCAUUAUGGGCCAGCCCCUAGGGCAGCCCAUAGGCCAGAUGGGCCAGGGCAUGGGUCAGAUGACUUACCCAGCCAUGCGAGCGGGCAUGAGACCAGGCAUGGUGACGGGCCCCAUGGUCAGCAUGGGCUCGGGGCAGAUGAUCGGCAGCAUGACGCAGCAGACGUUGCCGCCGAAUAUGCCCACCAUGAAACCAGGCAUGGUACCUCCCACCACUACCAUGAACCCCUCAGUCAGCAUGGCCAACAGCACCAUGACCGGCGCCUCAAUGGCCACCAUGACAGUAGGCACCAUGUCCGCCAGCAGCAUGAACAGCAGCAUGGGCCAGGGGGGCUGCGGCGGGGACGAUGGGGAUGGUGACCCGCUCGCCCAUAACCAGCCAAGGCAUGCUGCAGCGGCCGCGGCCCCCCAACGUCAACAUAGGCCCUGGCCCCGGGGGACUCAACAUCGGCACGCAGAUGCCUCCGUCGCGGCCCGAGUGGCGGCAGAUCAUGAUGCAGGGAGGCCAGGGCAACAUGCAGAUCGUGGGGCCCAUGAGACCAGGCUACCCGCAGCAGCAGCCCCAGCAAGGAGGAAUGAUGAGCCAAGGAGGGCAGAUGAUGGGGAUGCAGCGGCCAACCAAUCAGAUGAUGAACAUGAUGGCCAUGCAGCAGGGCCAGUCCAUGCAAGGAGGGCCUGGUAUGCAGGGAGGUCCUGGCAUGCAACCAGGACCGGGAAUGCAACCCGGGCCUGGGAUGCAGACCGGACCAGGAAUGCAACAGGGGCCCGGAAUGCAACCUGGAAUGCAAGGAGGACCAGGAAUGCAGGCUGGGCCAGGGAUGCAAGGUGCCCCUGGAAUGCAGGCUGGGCCAGGGAUGCAACCGGGCAUGCAAGGAGGCCCAGGUAUGCAAGGCGGCCCGGGCAUGCAGGGUGGCCCAGGCAUGCAAGGAGGUCCAAGAAUGCAAGCAAACAUGGUUGCAAUGAGUCAGCAGACCCAGUGUCAGAAUUGAAAGAACAUGGCAUCACAAGGCUUUAUUUUUGGCCUUUGUGUAGUGUAGUGCACAUACCCUUUGCGGAAGAAUUGCAACGUAUCGCCACUGAACUCACCUCUCCCUUCUGGGGAGAUGGGACAGUGCAGAAGUCCUCCUCUUCUGUGAUGCGAUAUCUUCGUAGUGCAGAAUCAGCUAAGGUACGGCAGCCAUCUCUUUCAAGUGUCAAAAAGGGUCGGAUGGGGAUGCAGAUGAGUCAGGCUGGAGGGAUGGGGGGUGCCCAAGUCACCUCUCAGUACCCAGGCCAGCAGGGGCAGAUGACCACCAUGGGUCAGAUGCCCACCGGCCCCAACCAGAUGAUGGGCAACCCAGCGGCCCAGGGCAGGAACCCAGCAGCUAUGUCGGGCAUGGCUGGCUCUCGAAGUCCAGCCGCCAUGGCUCAGAUGAGUGGGACAGGCCACCCGAUGAGUCCUGCGAACCGAGGGCAGAUGGGAGGAGCUAGUCCUGUAAACAUGGGCCAGAUGAGUGGUCCAGGCCAGGCCCCCAGUCCAGCCAACAUGGGUGGCAUGGCCCAUCCACGAUCUCCUGCCACAAUGGGCCAGAUGCACCCUCGUAGUCCGGCUACCAUGGGUCAGGGUGGACCCUCGAGACCACUCAGCAACCCUGGGAUGGGUCAGGGUGGGCCCACACGGCCCCUCAGCAAUCCAGGCAUGGGUCAACAGCAAGGGCCGACGUCCCAAGCAGCUGCGGCUGCCAUGGGCGCAGCAGCCAUGGGAGUGCAGCCGCCUGGAAGCACAGCUGGUGCCAUGAACCGUGGAUCCCCUGGAGGAAUGAACCAAAACCCCAGUGGUCCCCCCGGCUCCAGACCAGGCCAGAGCCCCAUGAGCCAGGGACAGUCGAUUCAGGCUCCAGGGAACGGACCGCAGGCUAAUAUGAACAGAGUCAAAAGUGGCCCUGCAGCAGUGAACAGUGGACCUAAUGCACCUCAAACUUCAGUGGCCAGUCAAAGGUCAAACAGUGAUGGUAAUAACAGUGUACGGACAUCACAACCCUCAACCCCCAACCCGCCCACCUCUAGCAGUAAUGCAUCAGCCGCAGACUUUGAAUUUGACUUUGGUGAUUUUGCAUCAUUGAUAACUGACUAAGGUGGCUCUGGGGCCUGGUGACUCGUGUCACUGCUGUAUAUAUGAAGCAUUCCUGUAGAAGAUGUAGUGUAAUGAAAGGACUUGCCAUAUCACUUAGUGUUACUGCCAAGUAUUAAACCCAAGACCACAAGUGCGGCCCAGUGUUGACAGCGGUGGAAGUGCUACAUUCCAUGAUCCCUACAGCAGGGCAGAGCUAAAGUCUACACCCUCAGUAUGCGGCAUCCCAUGAGUCCUAAUCCAGCCUCCAUGCUCACCCAACCUGGGUAAAACAGCUGAGGAGCAAAAGUAUUCAGCCUUCUUCCAGUUUCAUUGAAUUUGUGUCAAGAAUUGAGUGGGCUUGGAUCAGGAGCCAAGAUGCCUAGGUUGGUGUUCUUGUUAAUGAUGGCAAUCCUACUUGUAAAGGACCUUCAUCUUCCUUGGAAAAGAUGGAAAGUGGGUUCAAAAGAGUAGCCGCCAGAGGCUUGACAAAUCUGGGUUAAUCAUAUUCCUCUCCAUGACAUGGGCCUUGGAGUUCAUUGAAAUCCAACUAGAUGCAGUGUUUUGUUCAGAUUUGAUAUUCAUGGUUAGUAAGUCCUCUGUGAGCAUCUAUGUUGAUUUUUAUCAGACAAAGUAUCAGUGCAAAUGUUGAAAGAAGUGUGCAUAUGUUAAAAAAAGUAUAUAGGCUUGAACUGCAAGGUCCUAUUUGUGCCAAGUAUGUGUACAAAACUAAUGAUUUGUGACAUAAACAAGUUGUAUUGUUUAACAAAGACACUGUCCUCUGUUGUCAACUGAGAGUGUUGGUUCACUAUGCCCCAGCAAGAUGAAUAGCUAUGUACUCAAUGUAGGUGAUUUUGUAGACUUUUCCUACUAUUGUAAAUUAGGAUCACAAAGAACACCCUUUUUUCUAUCAAGUAGACUUUCCACAACCAUCACUUCCAUUUCCUCUCAGUAUGUCUCCUCCCUUCCUCCACUACCACAACCUCCCCUUACUGCCGCCACAUGUCCCACAAUGCAGUUCAGGCCUUUGGGAGAGAUCCGCCACUGUCAGUAGUGAGUAAAUUAAUUCGUCCAGAGGAAAUCAGUUACGUACGUGUUGAUGGGUUGACUUUGAAUAUUUACAUUAAAAUGACAAUAUUUUGGAAUAUCACCUAGACCUCCCAAAUCCUGAUUUCACUGCUAACAAUUGAAGUGCAAUGGUAAGAUACCGAAGCUAAGCAUGCCUUAUUUUCCACUUGCACACAUCUAUCUCCCUAGCACCAACGGCAAUGGAUGUGGUAGCUGCGGCUCUUGUGGGUUGUGCUUGGACAGUGAUUAGACACCAGUAUUAUCUUUACUAAACUCCAGCACACACUGCACUUGUUGAUGCUUCUCCCAUACCAAUUUGCCCAAAACCAUUAGUCUAUGCAGUAUUAGUACCAUUGUUUAUUUUGUCAUAGUUAAAAAAGGAUUUUUACCCUGAAGAUUUUUUACAAUUGAGUAUCAUCCCAAAGUAUUUACAAGAUAUGGAGAUUUAGGCAUGAAAAAGCUUCACUUUAACACUGGAAAGAAACACAAAACUAAACUAUUUUUAUAUGUGACUUGUGCAGCAUAGGACAAGAAAGACAUUGUGCUGAGUCUGCAUUAUUGCAACAUAUUCCUGUCAUAGAACUUCUCUCUGUUGGGCUUUGUUGUGCAACUUGGUUAUUAUGUACAGCAUUAUCUUCACCCAGUGAUUCUCAGGUAUUUUUGCAGUGAUACAACCCUCCAACUUAUACAUUAUCCCCAUAAAUAAUUAUAUAUUUAUUUCCUUCUGUAAACAUUUCAUAUGCUCAUUAUUCUUUGAUCAGCUGCAACGUCUCUUCAGUAGUUGUCAUUAUAUUCUGGAGCCUAUUCAGGGAUAUGACAUUCUUCAGGUGCAUUUCCUUCCAUAUACUUUUUUCUCUUGGAGUCGCACAACAAAACCAACAGAGGGGAAAGAGAAGCACGGGCCCUCUGCUGCAGUCCUGCAACGAGAAUCACACCCUGCAGAUGUAUACCAUAUUGACCACAAGGACAGGAAAAAGAAUGUAUACUCUGAAAAUGGAAUUCUCUAUAUAUAUAUAUAACAUUAUAUUCUUGUCAGAGUAUUUGAUGCUGGUCGUUCUUGGGCGUGCUUCUCUCAGUUGUCUGGGUGGCAGUACGGCAACGUGAACACAGGUCCUUCCUUGAGUGCGUGCUACACGUUCGCCAGUGUACAAACUUGUAGGUAAUAGUCCAUCAUAUAAAGGAAUGAAGGGGAGAUACUGACUUGUCCAUUGGCAUCAUUUUCUUAUUUGAAAUCAUGAUAUUUACGAACAAACUAAAAGAGGAAAAGAAGAACGAAAGAAAGAGAGA